AUGCCGAGGAACAACUCUCUCUUUUCGCCCUCAGAGCUGGACAUCUCUCUGCAGAAUGUCUCAAACUCUUCUCUCUCCCCCCCGCUGGCUGAUUGGGAAGCUCCCACAUUCACACGGGCGGCACAGUUCCGAGUUGGUGCCACACUGGUGCUCUUCCUGUUUGCUGCAGUCAGUAACCUGGCACUUCUCAUCAGCGUGUGCCACGGACGGGGACGACGCCUGGCCUCCCACCUGCGGCCCCUCAUUACGAGCCUGGCUGCCGCAGAUCUUAUGAUGACGUUCAUCAUGAUGCCACUGGACAUGGUGUGGAAUGUGACGGUGCAGUGGCAUGGUGGUGAUGGUCUUUGCAAGUUGCUUAGCUUCCUUAAGUUGUUUGCCAUGCAGGCCUCUGCAUUUAUCCUGGUGGUGAUCAGUCUGGACCGACAGCAUGCCAUCCUGAACCCUCUCGACACCAUUAAUGCACAUCGGCGCAACAAGAGAAUGCUAGUGUUUGCAUGGAGCCUCAGCUUGCUCCUCGCCUCCCCACAGUUAUUUAUCUUCAGAGCAGUCAAAGCUGAAAAAGUGGAUUUCACUCAAUGUGUGACACACGGGAGUUUCCACGAGCGAUGGCAGGAGACGGUCUACAACAUGUUCCACUUUGUCACGCUCUACGUUAUCCCACUGCUAGUCAUGAGCUGCUGUUACACCCGCAUCCUUGUCGAGAUCAGCAGACAGGAGCACAAAAAUAAAGCGGGGGAGUCAUGUCUCCGGCGCAGCCGAACAGAUAUGAUCCCUAAAGCAAGAAUGAAGACGCUGAAGAUGACCAUAAUCAUCGUCCUGUCAUUCAUAGUCUGUUGGACUCCAUAUUACCUGUUGGGGAUUUGGUACUGGUUCCAGCCAGAGAUGCUGAAGGUCACUCCAGAGUAUGUCCACCACGUGCUCUUUGUCUUUGGUAACCUGAAUACCUGCUGUGACCCAGUAAUCUACGGCCUGUACACUCCCUCUUUCCGUGCUGACCUUGCACGUUGCUGGGGCUGCCGAUCAACCAGCGACUCUCCUCGCUCUCUGGAACGACUCUCCACUCGACAGGGGCAUCACAGCGCAGAGCAGGAGUCCGAUCCUGCCAGUGUGAAAGGGACUGAGAGGUAA